AUGCUGUCACGCUAUGACCCAGAACAGGACACUAUCAAGCACUAUUCUGUGAACGCCUGCCUGACCCUCGUAGCCUCCGUCCAUGGGUUGGCUGUGACUACCGUGGAGGGCGUGGGCAGCCUCAGGGAAGGCCUCCACCCGGUGCAGGAGAGGUUGACCCGCGCCCAUGGGUCUCAGUGCGGCUUCUGUACCCCUGGCAUGGUCAUGGCAAUGUACGCCCUCUUGAGGAACAGACCGACGCCCGAGUGGCACGAGUUGGAGCAACAUCUUGCCGGGAACUUGUGCCGCUGUACAGGUUACCGGCCGAUCCUCGAAGGCUUCGGGACGCUUUGCAACGAGAGCAACACUGGCUGUGGUCGUGAGAAAUGUUGCAGACUCAGUGCAACGAACGGAGACUGCAAUGGCUUCACGCAAAACGGCUUCAGCAACGGCGAAGCUCAGGGUCGAGAUGAAGCCCGCGGGACUGAAGCCAGUGCAUUGGUUCCUAAGGACGAUUUCACGCCCUACGACCCCAGUCAAGAUAUCAUAUUUCCGCCUGAGUUAAAGCUGAAGAUUCACCUCCACCACCAGCCCUUGAAGUUCCAGGGUCCGAGGGUGACCUACUGGAGGCCGACCUCCUUGCCCCACCUGCUCCGCCUCAAGUGCCACCAUCCUGAGGCCAAGCUUGUAGUGGGCAACACCGAAGUGGGCGUCGAAGUGGGCUUCAAGAACCAGACGUACCCCGUGCUGAUCAACCCCUGCUGGGUGCCUGAGCUCAACGCCGUCAGACCCGUGGCGUCGGGAGUGGAGUUGGGGGCCGCGGUCAGCCUGGCUCGGGUGCAGGAGAUUCUGCAGGAACAGGUGUUGUCGCAGCCAGACUGGAAGACGCGUAACUUUUCUGCAGUCUUGGAGAUCCUUCGGUGGUUUGCAGGACAACAGAUCAGAAAUGUUGCUAGUUUCGGAGGCAACAUAAUGACCAGUUCGCCAAUUAGUGACCUAAACCCCGUUUUAAUGAUGUCGGGAGCAACUCUUACGCUCCUAAGUCAUGAACACGGCGAACGCAGACUAGUUAUGGACCAGAAUUUCUUCACUGGUUACCGAAAGAACAUAGUCAAGCCUUCUGAAGUGCUGAUCAGUGUCCACCUUCCUUACACUCAAGAGGACGAGUACGCACAAGCAUACAAGCAAUCCCGGAGACGUGACGACGACAUUGCCAUAGUGAACGGUGCCAUGAGGGCGAGAUUCGUGCCAGGAACGUGCCAAGUGGAGGACCUGCGGGUGGCGUUCGGUGGCAUGGCGGUUACGACCGUUAUGGCGGUUAAAACGGCCGAGGCGCUCCGAGGCUGCGAGUGGGACGAAGCGCUGCUGGAGAGAGCCCUGGCGCUGCUGCUGGAGGACCUGCCCCUGGACGCCGCCGCCCCCGGGGGGAUGGUGGAGUACCGGCGCACCCUCACCCUCAGCCUGUUCUUCAAAUUCUACCUGAGCGUUCGAAAAUGGCUCGCCGCUCGGGUGCCCACCUUGGUAAUGCCACUCAGACCCGACGAGGAGAGUGCCAUCGAACCCUACCAACGCCCGCCCUUCGCCAGCACGCAGGUCUUCCAACAGGUCGAGAGCAGCGAGAAGACGCAUCAGCCCGUCGGUCGGCCGCUGGUUCACGCCUCCGGUUACAAGCAAGCAACCGGAGAAGCGGUUUACGUGGACGACAUGCCACGGGUCGAGAGGGAGCUCUUCGCCGCCCUGGUCCUGUCCUCGCGCGCCCACGCCAAGAUACUGGGGAUCGAUGAGACGCCGGCGCUGAGGGAGGAGGGCGUGGAAGCCUUCUUCUGCGCCAGAGAUAUCUCCCAGGAAAAGAACCAACUGGGCACAUUCGAACCCGACGAGGAGGUGUUCGCGAGGGAAAAGGUGACGUGUGUUGGCCAGGUGUUAGGCGUCGUGCUGGCUCCCGACCCGGCCACCGCGCGCAGGGCCGCCAGACUCGUGCGCGUCGACUAUCAGGACCUGGAGCCCCCGGUUGUUACUAUUGAGGACGCGAUAAAGCGAGAAUCCUGGUGGGGCCCCUGGAAGAUCGUCAAAGGAGACCUCGACCAUGGAUUCGAAUCCGCCGCCCACAUCUUCGAGGGGGAGAUGCGCAUGGGCGGGCAGGAGCACUUCUACCUGGAACCCAACGCCCACAUCUUCGUGCCCAAGGGCGAGGACGGCGAAAUGGACGUCUUCUCGAGCUCGCAGAUCCCCUCGGCGAUGCAGAAGAUGGUCGCGCGCGUCACCGGAGUCUCGAGCAACCGGGUCGUGGUCCGAGUGAAGCGUGUCGGAGGCGCUUUCGGCGGGAAAGAGUCGCGGACCUUGGGCGUCGCUGCCCCCGCGGCCUUCGCGGCGUCCAGGCUGAGUCGCCCCGUGCGCAUCACCCUCGACCGCCACGAGGACAUGCUGAUCACAGGAGGCCGACACCCUUUCCUGUGCCGAUGGCGGGCGGGCGUCACGGCCAAGGGCGUCUUCACGGCCCUCGACGUCAGGCUCUACUCCAACGGCGGCUGCUCGCAGGACCUGUCUCCUAUCGUCAUGCACAAGGCCAUGAUGUGUGUUGAUAACGCGUACAGGCACAGCAACAUCCGGGUCACAGGGUACGUGUGCAAGACCAACCUGCCCUCCAACACGGCCUUCCGGGGCUUCGGGGCGCCUCAGGCAGCCAUGUUUGCGGAGGACAUCGUCACGACCGUCGCGCGCUCCCUCCAACUGGACCCUUGCCUAGUUCGCGAGAGGAACAUGUACCAGGAAGGCGACAGUACCCACAUCAACCACACGCUGGAACGCUGUACAAUUCGCCGGUGUUGGGAAGAAGUCAUUGCGAAAUCGGAUCUUCACAUUCGGCAACAUCUUGUGCAGAAAUUUAACAAGGAAAACACAUACAAGAAGCGAGGGCUGGCCGUAAUCCCGACCAAGUGUGGCAUUGCCUUCGACCGCGUGCUGAACCAGGCAGGGGCGUUAGUGCAGGUGUACACGGAUGGCUCUGUGCUCCUGACCCACGGCGGUAUCGAGAUGGGACAGGGUCUGCACACGAAGAUCCUGCAGAUCGCCGCUCAGGUCCUCAAAAUCCCCAUUGAGAACAUCCACAUCAUGGACACAGCUACAGACAAGGUUCCCAACACAUCUCCAACAGCUGCUUCGAUCUCCACCGAUAUCAACGGAAUGGCAGUCAUGAACGCGUGCAAGGAGCUGAGGGCGCGUCUGAAACCCUUUAUCAAAAGAAACCCAGCAGGUACGUGGAAGAGCUGGGUGAAGGAGGCCUACGCGGAGCGAGUGUCUCUUUCCGCGACAGGAUUCCAUCGCAUAGAAGAAGUGACUGACUUCGACUUCGAGACGAUGACCGGCCAGCCCUUCCACUACUACUGCAACGGCGCCGCGGCCACGGAGGUGGAGGUGGACUGUCUCACCGGCGGCCACACGAUCCUGAGAACGGAGCUGGUGAUGGACGCGGGGCGGUCGCUGAACCCCGCCGUCGACGUGGGCCAGGUGGAGGGCGCCUUCGUGCAGGGCGUCGGCCUCGUCACGCUCGAGGAGCUGAGCUACUCUCCCGAGGGCGCGCUGCUCGUCAAGGGCCCGGGGGCGUAUAAGAUACCCGGUUUCCAAGAUAUCCCGUGUGAAUUCCACGUGUCUCUGCUGAAGGAUGCGCCUAAUCCUCUUGCAAUAUUCUCUUCGAAGGGCGUCGGCGAACCUCCCCUGCUGCUGGCGACGUCGGUCUUCCAAGCGAUCAAGGACGCCGUAGGAGCCGCCAGAGAGGCCCAGGGACUCGACCGCGCGUUCCGCCUCGACUCUCCCGCCACCGCCGAGCGCAUCAGGAUCGCCUGUCAGGGCCCCUUGCUCCGGAAGAUUCCUCCAGCGGAACUCGGGUCCAAGAAACCGUGGUCAGUAACAGUGUAAAAACCUUAGAAUUGAAUAGUUUGCUUUACUGUCUUUGUUAAGAUUGUAUGUCUUUGCUAGCCUUUUUUCUAGAUUCUUUAUGAAGAAAUUUUAUUUUCCUUUCUUCUCUUCAUUUUUGUUUUCUUUCUUUCUUUCUUUUCCUCUUUUUUCUUUUUUUGUGUGUGUUUUCUGUUUGUGUAUUAUUUACAUUUCUGUUGACACGUGGUUUAAAUAAAAAUAAAGACAUGUUUUGUGUUCCUUUUUUUAAACAAGGAUAGACAUUUUUUUCAAAACUUGCUUCUGAAUGCAUUUGAUUUCUUUAGAAUAUUCUUUGGUGACCUGAUUUGCCUACCUAUUAAUGUAAGUUUUUCUAACUAUCUAUCUUCAAUACCUUCAUAGUCUUAAAAGAAUAUAAAAAAUGCAUAUUAUUUUAUGCUUGAUAAUUGAAAACUGUUUUCUGAAAUAACUCAUUUUAAAAUUCAGGUACAAUAUUAAACUGUACAUGUUUACUUCAUGGUUUAAACUUAGAUUCAGUUUUUCUCUGAUUGUAACUUUACCUCCUUGAGUUGAUGUCAUCAGUAAUUGUAUUUGUCUCAUAUGCUUUCUAAAUAAAAGAGUUUUGUAUGUAA